AUGACGUCCAUGUUCCGCAGAGGCACAAUCUUCGCCACGUUCUUCCUGUCGUUGCUGGGCGGCGGACUCGUCUGCGCCGCCCUCGUGACCCAACACUGGGUCGAGGCGCGACCGAUCAGGACACCGAAUCCGCAGGAGAGCGCCGGCAAGGUUCAUUUCGGCCUGCUACAGGGGAAGAAGGAGCUGAACGUCGCCUACGGUUGGAGGACGUACCAGAUUUCCGUUCCCCAAAUGAUCCGACAGGAUCCAACGGUGAUGUCCUGGGGUCUGUGGAUCAGCACCCUGACGACGACAUCGGCGGCCCUCGUCACCGCUGGACUCGCCGCGCUUCUUGCCGUUUUGAACACGGCCACAUCACCGAGAUCGAAAAUCCUCUCCGACCCCGGUGUAUACUUCAUAAACAUUUUAACCCUGUUAAUGUGCCUCGCUAGCACGAGCACCUGGCUGGCGCAGUAUUACACAAAGCUGUACUUCAAUGUGCUGCCGAAGGAGGACAUCGACAAUAUGUGGACCAGCGAGGGUUCUGCCGAGCUUGGUUAUUCAUUUUGGCUGGUCGUGUGCGCCGGUGUGGUGCAUUUAAUCAGCAUAGCGUUGGUCGGCUGGGGCUCAGGACGGGACAAAAUUGAACGUCUGGAAGCAAUUCCAGCAUUGGAGGAGAAGACCGCCGCAGCAAUAAUGCUGUAUUGA